AUGUCCGCGGAACUGGACCUUUCACCUCCAGAGGUACCUGAACCCACUUUGCUUGAGAGCCUCCUGCGCUAUGGACUCUUUCUGGGAGCUAUUUUCCAACUCAUCUGCAUCUUGGCUGUCAUAAUACCCACCUCCAAGGGGCAUGAACAGGUAUGGUAAACAGUCCUAUUGGCAGUUGAAAGAAUGCGGUAUGAUAUUGUAAUAAUGUCAUUAUUUACUAUAGGUUUACUUAUGGCAUUAUGUGAUAAAUCCAUAUAAGCCUGAUACUUCGUAUUUUUUCCCUUCUGUCCUAUUGUAGUCUACUUUUGAACUUGGCUUGAGCAAGCAAACUGUCCGUUACUACUCAGCAACCUACUGUUACUGUUCCAUAUGUGUCUUGAGUGUCACCGGGACUCACAUUCUGUUUUAUCAUUAGGAGGAGAUGGAGCCAAAUGACAUGAAGGCUGGUGACCAGAAUAAGAAGUCGAAAGGACCUGCUCCUCAGAUUCGUCAGAAACUAAAGAAAGAGAGCAAGAAGAAGCGAUAA